AUGCCCGAGUCUAUCACGCUUUCUUCUGGGAGCAAUCAUAAGGAAUCGGACGAUCCCUUGAAUGGGCUGAGAUCUAAGAAACGGGAGCUGACAUUACAGGCGGACAAUUCUCUGCACAAUAGCCGUCGAAUCCACGUCAAAACUGACGCGUAUUCGUGCAUGGAAAUAAAGGACAUGCUGGAGUCCUUGAAUUGCGAUAUAAUGCAGCUGGCGGCUUUGAUAUCGGAUAAGCUGAAGUUCAAUCACGCAUACGCGAAGACGUUGGAAGGGUUGGCAAACCUACAUGAUGCGGCGGAGAAUAUGCAAAUUUUUUUGGGUCGACGGGUUGCCGAGCUUCUCAUGGGAAGGUUUACUAAGGAAAUGCAGGGUAUUGUUAUUCAGACAGUUAUUCAAGCUGUGUUGGCAAAGACAUGUCGAUGGCUUAUUCAGCGCUGGAGUGUAUCUCACAAGGGGCACAAGUUUUUUGCUUCAUCUUACAAGAAAUUCCGAGAAAUCAACUCUCUUGAGACGGUGGCCCAAUGGCGAGCCGCGACAAGGGGGAUAGCCAAAUACGGUCCUCAAUUCAACGCCACUCGAGAAUACGCUCUUCAAAGGCUCAUAGAUAACCUCUUGGACGUCCUCCGUAUCGCAGGAUGGCAGACAUCGGCACCCAAGGAAGGCAUUGAGAGACUGUUCGGUGAUCGCAUCCGAGAACUUGUCGCGCUCACCAUCGGGGUCGAUAGAGCAAUCAUGGAAGGCGCUAUGACCCAGGAUUUAGACCUCUUCAUGCCAAAGCAUGACAGCACAUACGACCCAAACAUGAUGGUCAACAUUAAUCAGGGUCCGAAUGCCGUCGUUUCCGAUGGAGAAGUAGCGGUGUCCGUCAAUAUUGGGUUGAAGCUAAAUGAAAGACUUCGAGAUGAGGGUAAAUCUAAGGAGUCGAAGGUCACAAAUUCGGAGGCAAAGGUCCUCCUGAAGGCGAAAGUGGUUCUCAAUAAAGCUCUGGGAAUUUGAGGUGGGAAUUUUUGAAGAAGAGAAUGUAGCGGAAGAAGUGGCCAGGAUAUCUGAAGGGAGAUAUGCGGUUACAUUUUAUUCGCUAAUAAUAACCAUGUAAAAUUGAAGUCAAGGAUCGGUUACUCAGAGGAGAUGCCAGUGGUGACACUGAUGACGAUGUUGAGCGAUGUUGGGCAGUGUUCACUGUUGGGGGCACGUAGAAUUUUGCGAGCGCACUUGCGAGCAUGCGUUUGCGUUCUCUCGCAUGCGAUUGUCACGCUUGCAUUUGCGCGUGCGAGCGUGACAAAGACCUUCUUGAGAUUUCUUGUAUAAAAAUAGCG